CCGGCGACUAUCUUGCAUGGCGUCUCUGCAUUUCUGUUCGGAAUGCAACAACUUGCUGUACCCGAAGGCGGACCCGCAACGGCGCGUGAUGGUCUCGGCGUGCCGCGUUUGCGCAUAUGAGGAGAUUGGAGAUAAUCAGUGUGUAUAUAGGAACGACUUGCUUACCGUCACCAAAGAAAAGAUUGGUGUCACGACUGAUUUAGGCACGGACCCGACCUUGGCUCACGCUCAGAUUGAAUGCCCGGAUUGCCACCACGAGGACGCGGUGUACUUCCAGGACCAGUCGAAGCGCAAGGAGACUCGCAUGAUUCUCUUCUAUGUCUGUACAAAUUGCGGAAAGAACUUUAUGGACCCUUCGGUACCCGUCGGUAGCAGAGCGGAAGACCUGACAUUGAACGAAUAAAGCGGUGGCAUUCGUUCGACGAGGCUUCCCUACACUACAACAGUGACGAUGUUGCCGAAUGCGACGACCUCUAUCGAGCUCCUCGUUUCGCAUCAUUCUCAUGGGACACGCGGCCUGGACGCGAACAUGGAAUACUUGCGACGCGUCACCCCGCCGCAAUGAUGGUUUGCGAGCACGACGCGAACCGGACGAGAACAGGAUAUUAUAUACGAAGCUCAUGCAGAUGAGUAUAUAUACUACAGGCAUACAAUACGAUGGUCAA